UAUCGUUUUUUUUUUUUUUUGGGGCGAAUGGCUUUGUUUUAUAACAAGUAAUGACUUAAAUCAUUUCUAGUUAUCAUCCAUAUUGAUAAAAUAACACUUUAAAAAUGGACCAGGACUUUGAGGACAUGGAUUCAGAGGGCCGGUGGCAGAACUUAUACAUAGAAAUACGGAAUCAGUCCCAUGAAUGCCCUUUAAAAGUUGCUAAAUAUCCAGAAAAUCGCAACCGGAACCGAUACAGAGAUGUCAGUCCAUUUGAUCACAGCAGAGUUAAACUGGAGAACACAGAGAACGACUACAUCAACGCCAGCCUGGUGGUCAUGGAGGAGGCCCAGAGGAGCUACAUUUUAACUCAGGGUCCUCUGAGGAACACCUGUGGUCACUUCUGGUUGAUGAUCUGGGAACAGAAUACCAAGGCUGUCAUCAUGCUGAACAGAGUCAUAGAGAAGGGAUCAGAAAAGUGUGCUCAGUAUUGGCCAACGCAGGACGAGCAUGAGAUGCCGUUCAGAGAUACACAUUUCCUGAUAACGCUGGUUUCAGAAGACGUCAAGUCUUACUACACAACCAGAGUGCUGGAGCUGCAAAAUGAUAAGACGGGGGAGAAGAGAGAGAUCUAUCACUUUCACUACACCACCUGGCCUGACUUUGGCGUCCCAGAAUCCCCGGCCUCUUUCCUCAACUUCCUGGUCAAGGUGCGGGAGUCUGGCUCGUUGGGGGCGGACCACGGACCGGCGGUAGUGCACUGCAGCGCUGGAAUUGGCCGCUCAGGGACCCUCUCAUUGGUUGACACCUGUCUGGUCCUGUGCUCGCAAGAGACCGCGAGAUGAGAGGGUGUCUAACUGGACCCCCAAGAUUACAGACCCCAAGCAGACGAAGCCCAGCAUAACAGACUCUGAAAAGAAGAGGAAAAGGCCGAGAACAGUGACCGCUAACUGACUCCACCGUGGCUCCAGCUUCCUCCUGAUCUGGCUGCUGAGAUGACGUUGACAGGAAUCCCACCCCCCACCUCAUACCCCC